CCAGUUUCUAGUUUUUUUUUUUUUUUUUUAACCAGGGCCAUAUAGCAUCGUCGCCUCACCCAUCAUGAGUGCGGUUCCGGCGCAGGGGGGCGAAGCGGAGAAGAAUAUUGAGAUAUGGAAGAUUAAGAAGCUCAUCAAGCGGCUCGAAGCCGCUCGAGGAAAUGGAACCUCCAUGAUCUCUCUCAUCAUUCCCCCCAAGGAUCAGGUAUCCAGAGCGGCAAAGAUGUUGGCUGAAGAAUUUGGUACUGCCUCCAACAUCAAGUCUCGUGUCAAUCGUCUUUCCGUCCUCUCUGCCAUUACUUCUACCCAGCAACGUCUCAAGCUUUACAACAAGGUCCCCCCCAACGGCUUGGUUAUUUACUGUGGUGAAAUUAUCACAUCCGAAGGAAAAGAACGUAAGAUCAACAUCGAUUUCGAGCCCUUCAAGCCUAUCAACACGUCCCUUUAUCUCUGUGACAACAAGUUCCACACUGAAGCCCUGAGCGAACUUCUCGAUUCGGAUCAGAAGUUUGGUUUCAUUAUCAUGGACGGUAACGGUGCGCUUUUCGGUACCCUGAGCGGUAAUACAAGAGAAGUGCUUCAAAAGUUGUCAGUUGAUCUACCCAAAAAGCAUGGUCGUGGUGGUCAGUCCGCUCUCCGUUUCGCACGUCUUCGUGAGGAGAAGCGUCACAACUAUGUCCGCAAGAUUGCCGAGCUGGCGGUUCAGAACUACAUCACCAAUGACAAAGUCAACGUCGCCGGUUUGAUUCUGGCUGGUUCUGCUGAUUUCAAGAAUGAUCUGAACCAGUCCGAUAUGUUUGAUCAGCGUCUCCAGGCCAAGGUCAUCAAGGUCGUCGACGUGUCUUAUGGUGGAGAAAACGGCUUUAAUCAGGCCAUUGAACUUUCCUCAGAGACCCUGAGCAAUGUGAAGUUCGUCCAGGAGAAGAAGCUCAUUGGAAAGUACUUCGAGGAACUCAGCCAAGAUACCGGAAAGGUCUGCUACGGUGUUGAAGACACUCUCAAAGCAAUGGAACUCGGUGCAGCAGAAACCCUCAUUGUUUAUGAGAACUUGGAUGUUACCCGAUGGGUUCUCAAAGAAUCUUCUGGCUCCGAAGUUGUCCUCCAUACCAACAAGACUCAAGAGGCAAACCGCGAAAUGUUCAUUGAUAAGGAAACCGGCACAGAUAUGGAGGUUAUUGACCAGGGUUCGUUCCUUGAAUGGCUCGCCGAGAACUACAAGGACUUUGGUGCUGCCCUCGAAUUCGUUUCCGACAGGUCGAGCGAGGGUAACCAGUUUGUGAAGGGAUUCGGUGGUAUUGGAGCCAUUCUCCGAUACAAGGUCAAUUUUGAACAGCUUGCUGACAUGGACGACGAUGACGAAUUCUAUGACGAUUGACGGUUGAGCGGCCUCGCAGAGAGCGAGGAUGAAAGGCCAGGAGUUCCAAAAAUGGAUCUUUUGACGGCUCGCCCGAUCAACGAAAGCGGCUCCAAAGGCGGUACCGUAGCCAUCACGAGUGACACCGUGAUGCCACCCGGACAAAUCCUUGUGAAGUUGCUCAGAGGUAUGUUCAUUUGUCCACGCUACGCCAAAUUUAGCUAACACAUGUGUUGUAUGGCAGGGCCAUCCAAGCUCCGUAGCAUGGUCACCGAGGUUGCCUAUUCGGUUAACACGAGGUGUGAUUUGCAA